UAUGUGGCGAUGGCUGUCAUCGAGUUUUAUUUUAUUAUUUUAGGAAAAUAAGUAAAGAAGCUUUCAGUGAUCGUAGAAUGAUGAUAUUUUCGUGAAUCAUGUACAUGUUUUCUAAUAAUCUAAUAGUUGUAAGUGAAAUUGUUAUAUACCGGUAGUGAAAAACACUUAGCGAUGAUAAGUAAAAAAGCUUAAUAAUUGACGACGAUGGCGUCUGAUGGAGAAAUUUCUUGUACGAAUGAUCCUAAUUUCGCCGUUAUUUACUCGUUCUUAAAAGUUUUUGGUAAACUCUACAGUUUAGAAGUACCUACACUAGCCAAAUUACAAGAAUUGAUAGAAAACACACAGGAAGUAUUGGAUCCGUUGAAAGAACUCCACUUGAGAUUGUUGCGUCGUGCUCUUAAAUCAGUACAGAGUAAUAGAUGGGAGAGGUGUCUGAUUAAAUUUUGUCAUCAGCAGUCUUAUCAUCAGGAGGCUUGGGAAAUAGAAAGGUUUUCGUACAAGAAAGCUAGCACUCAAGUGAAAUUGCGUAUAUUGAAAUUGUUACUUGAAUAUCAGUUCACAUGUCAUGCAAAGUUCAAAUCAGCAGUGAAUGCUAUCUCAUGUACUGAGCUCAGGUUGGACCCGAUUGGAAGAGAUAAGAAUGGGUGUGUGUACUGGCUCCAAGUGGACCAUGAAGCAAACCUAUGUCUUUACAAGGAAGAUCAAGAUGAAGAAACUUGGCAGUUGAUAGCAAGCAACCGAGAGGAACUAGUAAAAAUUAUAGGUCAACUGAAAAAUGGUGAGGAGAUCACUCCAUCUGUUGUCUCAAACAAUAAUGAGGAUUCAAGUAGUACAGAAAUCCACAAUGCACAGUUAGAGCCUAAUAAAUCAUCAGAUGUAGAUGAUGAAAAUGAAGAAGAGUUCCUAAGUCCAGAAUCCGAAUCUGAACAUGAUAGUGAUGAUCAAAAAGAACAAAAUAAAAAAUCGAAAUCUCCUGAUAGUAUUAAAAAUAAAUCUAAAGAAGUAUCAGAUGAAAAUGUAAAUAAAGAAGAAAAUAAUGAAGUUGGAAAAAAUUUAGAAAUUAGUGAAACUGAUAAAGAUGUAAAAGUUAUUGAAUCUAAUAAUGGCGUAGAUAAAACUAGUGAAGAUAAAGUCAUAGACAGUUCUAAAGAUGAAAAAGAAGUGAAAAGUGAAUCUUUGGAUCAAGGUGAAAUUGAAUGUUAUAAAGAUGAAAAUGAAGAUGAACCUUAUAAAGACAAAAUUGAAUCCAAUAAAGAUGAAAUUGAAUCUAAAAAAGAUGAAAUUGAAUCUAAAAAAGAUGAUAUUGAAUCUAAAAAAGAUGAAAUUGAAUGUAAUAAAGGUGAAAUUGAAUCUAAUAAAGAUGAAAUUGAGUGCAAUAAAGAUGUAGAAAAAACUCUAGCUGGUGAAGAAAAUAAAUUAGAAACUCUUGAAGAUGUAGAUAGUACUGAAGCAGAUAAAGAUGUAGAUAGUGCUGAAGCAGAUAACGAUGUAGAUAAUACUGAAACUGAUACCAAUACUGAAGUGGACGGCAAUGUAGAAAAUAAGAGUAAUAAAAAAGACAAUGAACCUAGUGAUAUUAAAAGUGUUGUGAAUGAAAAUAUGGAUAGUGUUGAACAAGAUACUGAAAUAACACAAAAACUAUCAGAACCUGUGACUGCAUCUGAGUCAACGGAAGACACAAUCAGUGAAGCGAUUGAAGAACCUUUAAUGAUUAUAACAGGCGAAGGGAAUGGAGCAGAUUGUGAAAGUGCUUAUUUUAUUGGAGAAGAAAUUUGUGAGCCUGUUAUGUUUUUUUAUGGUGAAGGGUGGGGAGCCGACAAUGACACUGGCAACCUAGAUGCUAUACAACAGUCUAAUAGUAAUGAUAAGAGCGAUGAAGAAAACCCUCCCGAAGAAUGUAACGGUGAGAACCAUGAUGUGUCAAAUUCCAACAGUAAAGCCAAAUUAAGUAAAAAUGUUAAAUUAAAAAAUAAAUCUAUAAUCAAGAGGUCAUUAAAGAAACAAUCCAAUGAUGGUACAGACAAUGUUAAAUCAGAUCGUAAGAAACAUUGCAUAAGAGAAAUGGAUAAAUCUAAUGGUUCUAACUCAAACACUUUUAAUGAAAGUGAAUCAAAUAAGGGAUGCAAUGUCAAUGAUAAAAGUACAACAGAGAAUGAGAAGUUAAAGAAGGUAGGCAAAAAGAAAAUUAGGAGUAAAGUUAAAAAGAAACAGCUAUUACGGAAAGUUGAAAAGGAUGAAAGUAAAGAAGCACUUAAUUCUGUAUCAGAAUCUGAAAAUUGCCAGUCUAAUAAAGCCAGUAUUAUUGAGAAGAGAAAGAGUAGUCUCUCUUCUGACCAAAGCGAUGAAAAUAGUGAAGACGAUAAAGAUAAGUCAUCCGAUAAGGAGGCAGCCAAGGUAGACGACGAUUUGCCGCCAAAAAAGAUACGCUUAGAAACACCUGACUCAGAAACAGUGUCACAUUCCAAAGAAACGAGCGACAGUAAAGAAGAAGCUAUAUCAAACGAAAACAAUGAAAACGAAAACUCUAAUACAAAUGUACAAAACGAUUCUUUAACGGUUAGGAAAAAAAUUAAGGCCAGAAAAGGGAAGUUUAAGCCGAAAAAAGCAUUGCAAAAACCCUUUGAAGAGUCGAGUAAAAAUGACAAAGUAGAGGAUACUAAGAAGGAAAGUAAAGGCGUUAAACGAUCGCUGCUAAACGCGAAUGCAAGUGAUAAAAACAAUGAAUCUCAAAGCGAAAGUGACGAAGAGGAACCCGUAACUAUUGGUAAAAGAUUAAAAACAAAACCUAAAAAGAUCAACACGUCGACUAGGAAAAAAGUUGAGGCAAAGCACAUGACGAAGAGUUCGAGUGAAUCUGAGGAAGAAACUCUUUAUAGUUUAGGUAAGAAAACUCCAAAGAAAGUCUUGAAGAAGAAAAUAAAAGGCAAGGAGAAGCAAAAAUCACAAACCCAGUCCGAAGAUCCGGACAUAACCCCCGUGCGACAGUCGCGUCGCAUCGCGCAGAUGAAGAUCAAGGAGGAGGCCGACAGGAGGCACUUGGAAGAGGUUGCGUUGCGAGAGUUAAAGAUGAUACACAAGAAAAAGAGCGCGGAGGAGGAGGAGGAGGAGGCGUCGUGGCGCGCGAGCGACAGCAGCGCCGCGUCGCCGCCGCGCCGCGCGCGCGCGCCCGUGUGGCGCGCCGCCGACUCCACGGGGCCCGACGACUCCGACUCCGACGAGCCGCUGUUCGAGCACGACGAGCCCGACCUGGAAUUCGACAAGUCCGAUCACGAGUUCUCCCCCGAGUCCGACUUGGAGAGCGGCGAGCCCGUGGAGCCUCUCAAGCGAGCGAGGACGUUGGAAGAAGGCGCGGCGGACGGCGUGUGCGCGCGCUGCGGGCGCGGCGAGCAGCCCGAGUGGAUCCUGCUGUGCGACGCGUGCGACGCGCCCUACCACGCCUCGUGCCUCAAGCCGCUGCUGCUCGUCGUGCCCGAGGGCGACUGGUUCUGCCCGCCCUGCAACCACGCCAUGUUAAUAUCCGCCCUGGAGAGGGAGCUGACGAAGUACGACGAGCUGCUCGCCCGCGUGGAGGCGGAGCGGGCGCGCAAGCAGCUCGAGGUGGCGGCGGCCGACAGCUCCGACGAGAAGGCGUCGCCGGGCGGCGCGGACGGCGCGGACGGCGCGGCGGACGGCACGGCGGACGGCACGGCGGGCGACAGCGGCUCGGACGGCAGCAGCGCGUGGUCGUCGGACGGCGCCGUGUACCGCCUGCGCGCGCGGCGCCAGCUGCCCGUGUCGUACCGCGCGCGGGAGUACGACCGCCUCAUCAGCUCCGCCAUCAAGGAAGAAUAUGUUGAACCUACUACGAGCGCGGGUAAUCAAGGCCGGGGGAAAGACAUAUCCACUAUAAUAGAAGCGGCCGAAGAAGAGAAGAUGAAAGCUGAACGAGAUGCUAUUGAACAGGGUAAGCAGAUAGAAGUUAAAAAGAUAAAGAAGAAACAGCGUAAGAAGCAACGGAAAUUGAAUUCGCUUGACGUGCCCUCCGAGGACGACGACGAGACCGACGAGGACUUCAAAGACACCGGAAUGGAAUCGUCGUCUGAGGACAUAUCCUCGUCUGCGGAACGCGGCAGUUCCACAUCUCGCUCUUCCGAUUCGCUACCCAUCCGACGCGCCUGUAGACCCGAUAAGAAAGAUCGCCAGAAAUUUGAGGAAUCGUCGCCGGAGGUCAAGAAGAAGAAAAAGGGAGUAUUCGAUGAGAGUUCGGGAGAAUCGGCUGGGCGCAAGGAGUGGUCGAAAAAAUGCAAGUGGGCGCGCAAGCGAGGCCUGUCGCAGUACGACGCCGCCGGCAACGUGGUGCGCGCGCGCGUCACCUACGGCGGCCUCAGCGACGAGCCCAACGACUGGUCGCCCAAGCACCGCACCCGCCGCCGCAAGAUCGACUACACCGAGAUGCCCAACACGGAGUCCGAAGACGAGAUGCACAAGUCGAGCGGGAAGCACAUGCCGGACAGCUCGGACGAGUUCAAGGUGGACGACUCGGACGUGACGUCGGACUCGGACUCGGACCGCGCCAAGCGCCGCAAGGAGGAGGCCGCCCAGUCCGGGGACGAGAGGCAGAGGGCUCUGUGCGACCUCAUCAGCAAGACGGCCGUGGUGCCCCUGCAGAAGCUGCCCGACGACGUCACCAGGAUGAAGACUGAGGAACUGCAUGCGACGCUGGCUUUAGAAUCUCAGUCGCAAAUGAGUAGCACUCCGAGGCCUCUUCGCGGUCGCGGUAGCAGAGGCGGUCGAGGCAGCAGGGGCGCGCGCGGGCGGGGCCGCGGCGCGGGCGCGGCGGACGACGCGCUGGCCAAGCUGGUCGGCGUCAAGAUCAAAGACUUGAAGCCCGACAGCGUAAUGGGACCUCUGAGACCGAAUCAAGCCGAACGUGAGAAAAAAAGACAAGAGCGUGAAGCGAAACUAGCUGAAAAAGAAGCGAGGAAGCAAGAACGGAUGCAGAAGAAAGAGGAAAAAGAGAAACUAAAGGAGCAAAAGGCCAAGGAGAGAGAAGAGAAACGUCUGGCGAGACUAGCUCUACAGGAGAGUAAGAGAGUGAAGAAGGAGAAAACCGAAUUCGUUGGUCCCCCAGGAUACCCCCCCGGAAUGUCCGUACGACCGGAGCGGCCGUACGGCAGCCCCGGGCCAAGACCGCCGCCUGAUUACCAGGAACAGAGGUUCCCAGUUGCUCCGAGGUUGCAGGUUCGACCCGAACUACGCGGUAUAGCGUCUGUGGACGAACGGUCACCACUUGCCCACAGACCCGACCAACACCAUAACGUUAUGCGAGAAGGUACGCUGUCGGUGGCCGGGUCGCCGCAACCUUUCAAACCGGUCACAGAGGAGCCGAGCAUUAUAACAAGGAUGCCGCAUAUGAUUAACCAGCAAUACAGGGGGUCUAUGAUGUACCCGGCCGGCAAUCCCCCGUACGGUCCCCGCGGGCAGGGAGUGCCAAUGUACCAGAUGCACCCCGGCCUCAACCAGGGCGCGCGGGCGCAGUACCCGCAGUACUACUCGCACAUACAGGGCCUGCCCGCAUACCCGGUGCGACCCGGCGGGGCUCCCCCCGCCUCCUCUCCGGGCCCUCACCGCCCACUGGGCCCCAGCCCGCUGGCGCACGGCCCCUCGGUUUCGCCCCACGGGCCGCCGCACCGCCCUCCCGUCUCAUCGCCGCACGGGCCGCCCUCGUCUUCGCCGCAAUCGCACUACGGCCCACCGGGGCCUCAUCCGCACGGUAUGCCCGGGCUCCGACCGCCCCACGCGCCUCACGGGCCCCCCGUGUCCGGUCCGCACGGGGUUCUCAGACCGCCAGGACAUCUCAGCGGCAGACCGGAGCUCCAGGGAGCGCAUCCCCCCGGCUCGUCCGUCUCGAAUCCACACGUUCCGCCGGGCGUGUCACCUCAUGGCCCUCCGGUGUCGUCGCCCCAUGGACCGCACAUGGCCAGCGGGCUGCCGCACGGUCACUCCGGUCUAUUACACGGACCUCCGGGGAUGCGCCCCUCCAUGCCGCUCGGCAUGCCUCACGGUCCGCCGGUAUCGUCUCCGCACGGCCCGCCCCUGCUGGGGAGCCACCAGAAUUCUAUGCCGCGGGGAUUGGUCCCAGGGAUGGUGGCCGGUAUGCGAGGCCCAGGUCCAGUGGCGGCCGGUAACGUCGUCGUCCGGGUGCCUACACCCGGGGCUCCUUCAGUAUCGCCGGCACCGGUGCUUCCUGGACAAAAAUCGCCAUCGACGAAUUCAUUAUCAGAUGUCGUCGCAGAACCACCGAUAACGAUCAAGGCUGAAGUUAAAACAGAACCCGAGUAUCAAUCGCCACCCGUGUCUCCAAGCGAUCGGCCCACCUCGCCUGAACCUCUCAGAAAUCAUCCCAAAAUCAAGCAUACGGAAAAUAAAGAUGGAAGGCCGCGAUACCCGCUGGGCCCGUACGCGCCGCAGUACGGCCCUUAUGGUCCAUAUGCACCGCACGCACCACCGAAUUCGCAGCCCCAAGAAACCUUACUUAAUCUUCAAACGCGACUACAUCACAACCCCAUGCAACGUAUGCCUUCAAAUGUCCGACCUUUUUUGCCAAAUAAUCCAAAUGAUAUGAAACCGGUCGAUUCGAUUCCCAGGUCUGGUUUAGAACGACCGCAGUUUAAUGAAGUUCGUUCGUCAGUUUCCGAAAGACCGUUAAUACCUCACGAUAUCUCGAGACCUUCACAUCUGGACAGGCCUUUAAUGCAUGAGAUGAUUCGGCCCUCGGGACCUAAUUCUUCAGUUCACGAUAUACAGAGGCCUUCUUCAUCUGAAAGAACCGUUCCUGACAGGACGAUGAUGCACGAUAUGCUCAGACCUUCCGGUCAAGAUCAAUCGCCAAUACAUGAUAUGUCGAGGCUGCAUGGACUUGAUCGACAGUUGCCGCAAGACAUGCCAAGGCCACCCGGAACUGAUCGUUCAUUGAUACAAGAUAUGCUCAGACCAACUGGGACUGAUCAUCAAAUGAUGCACGACAUGCCAAGGACACCGGGUCCCGAUAGACCUUUGAUGCAUGACAUACCGAGACCACCCGGUCUGGAUCGACCUCCUGGUCUUGAAAGGCCUCCGAGUAUGGAUAGGCAUCCUGGUAUGGAUCGACCUCCUAGUAUGGAUAGGCAUCCUGGUUUGGAUCGGCCUCCUGGUCUUGAAAGGCCUCCUAGUAUGGAUAGGCAUCCUGGUAUGGAUCGGCCUCCUGGUCUUGAAAGGCCUCCUAGUAUGGAUAGGCAUCCUGGUAUGGAUCGGCCUCCUAGUAUGGAUAGGCAUUCUGGUAUGGAUCGGCCUCCUGGUCUUGAAAGGCCUCCUAGUAUGGAUAGGCAUCCUGGUAUAGAUCGGCCUCCUGGUCUUGAAAGGCCUCCUAGUAUGGAUCGGCCUCCUAGUAUGGAUAGACAUCCUGGUAUGGAUCGACCUCCUAGUAUGGAUAGACCUCCUAGUAUGGAUAGGCCUUCUGGUAUGGAUAGACCUCCUGGUCUGGAUAGACCUUUGAUGCACGACAUGCCGAGGCCGCCUGGCCCUGAGAGAACUUUGUUACACGACAUGCCAAGACCACCUGGCCCAGACAGACCUCUGAUGCACGAUAUGCCAAGACCACCGGGUCCAGAAAGAACUUUAAUGCAAGAUAUGACGAGACCACCAGGCCCGGAUAGAUCGUUGAUGCACGACAUGCCUAGGGGAGCCGGUUCCGAUCGUCCGCUGAUGCACGACAUGUCACGACCUCCGGGCUCUGAACGUCAGAUGAUACACGACAUGCCAAGGGCUCCCGGUCUGGAUCGAUCUAUAAUCCACGAUUUGCCCAGGGCUUCGGCACCCGAAAGACUAAUGGGUCAUGAUCUACCUCCACACUACCCGUACAUGAGACCGCAAGGUCGUUUGCCUUACGGCGUGCCGUUGCUACGAGCCCCCCACGCUGGCCGGUCCAGUCCCGGGAUGCCGCACUACGCACCCUACCAGGACAUGCACAGAUUAGAGAAGCAGCCUCCGAUGCAGACUCUGCGGGAAUCGGUUCUAACGCCAACCAAACCGGCCUCACCCAGAGACGAAACCGAAAAAGAUGCCGAGAGAGAAAGCGGAGCCGAAUCACCGAACGACGUCGACGACGAUCGUUCGUCUCCACCCGAAACUAAACCUCAGUUCCUGAAAAUACCCGGCGCUGUAAAUAAAUAUAUUCCGGAAGGCAAGCUGGUUCCCAUCAAAACGGAGGCCCCUGGCGACGAUGGCAGCGUGUUCGGGGGCCUCGUGAGCUACUUCUCGAGCCAGCGGGAGGACGACUUAGACGCGUAAUAGUGAGUAGUCCACUUGUAAAUAUAACAUAGAUAAUUUUAUUUAUACCGACGGCGAUAGACGCCCUGUGACGUACGCUAUGUAUGAUAUUUUAUGAAGUAAAAAUAUUUAGUUCGACGAAGUUCAAUGAGUCUUUUUGGUCUCGAAUAAAAGCGAUGUAUUAUUUUGUUUACGUUUAAGUGAGAUUUAUUUAUAUACAGAACGAUAAGUACUUAUGGUAUACUCUAAAUACGAAUUCUAUUAAAGAUCGAUAAUUUCUUUUUUGCAAAUAAAUGUUUUCUCCUA